AUGGGUGAGCACGUUUUAGGAAGCUGCGACAACAUGGAUGUCUUGUUUUACGAACAAACCUCCGUACCGGUGAACAAUCUCUCGCGAUAUGAUAAGAACUCACUAAGGCUGAACUUGGACGGAACCCAACUGCCUUCGGUGGUUCAAGAUCUCAGGGGAAACGGCAAACUGGGCAUUUACGCUGAGAAUUCACCCGAGUUGACGCUUUUUAAGAUGGUUUCUCCUGAGUUGGAGAAGUUUAUUGCGAGCAACACUGGGCUAACGCCAAAAGGAAAUCCAGGGACUCUUAAUUCACCGGAAUUCACUCUGUUUAAUCUGAUUUCACCAGAGUUUGAGAAAAUUCUGGCCAGCGUUCAGAAUCCCAAGUCACCGACUUGUACGAAAGCUGUACGCGAAGGUAGUAAUACAGUAAAACAGCAACACGAGGCUUAUGUCCAGGGUUUCGCUGAAGCUCUUCAGCAAAUACACGACCGACAACAACCAGUCGAACAUUUUCAUAAGCAGAAUGCGAUACCCGCUUCUUCUGGUGUCAAUAAUGGCUGGGUCGAACAGGAUAACACUCAUAAUAACUUUCACAGUCAAGUUGCGCUUAACGAGACUUCCUAUGAGAUGAGAAAUCCCGGUUUUGCCGGGGUAGCAGCGUUUGAAAAUCACGAGUCGAAUACGCCACCAGUGUCCUGCAAUGGCCCCAUGGGGGAGUCCGGGAAUUUUGACUACGAAGAGACGUUGAAACCGCAAGGGAACAUUCUACCGUUACCUCCCAUCGAUCUAGAACUUCAGGAGAUCGUCAAGAGGGAACGCAAGAAACAGAAAAAUAGAGUAGCUGCGUCAAAGUGUAGAAAGAAAAAGCUUGAAAGAGAAGCUCAGCUUGAAGUAAGAGUGCAACAGUUAAAAGAUAAAAAUAUUGAACUUAAUGCCGUAGCCAAUGCACUGCGGCAGCAAGUCAGUGAACUAAAACAGCGGGUCCUCGAGCAUGUAGCUUAUGGCUGCCAGCUGCCUUCUAUAACCACGACGGCCUAUUAG